GCGGUGCCAGGAGCCGCGGCGGGGAGUGAGGCGCGUCGGCGGCAGCGGCAACAAGUGCUGGAGCCGAGGCGAGCCGGAGCCUCCCAGACCCCGCCGGGCUGCCCGUCCGCGCGCGGCGCAUGGAGCAAGAGCGGCGGCGGUCGCGGGGCUGAGCCGCAAGCGCGGCUGGGACGUGGAUGCUGCCGCGGUCUCCCGCUCCGCCCCGCAGAGCUGGAGCUGCCCCCGGACAAGAUAUGAGAAAUGAGUGUUGGCCGCCGAAGAAUAAAGUUGUUGGGUAUCCUGAUGAUGGCAAAUGUCUUCAUUUAUCUGAUUGUGGAAGUCUCCAAAAACAGUAGUCAAGAGAAAAAUGGAAAGGGGGGAGUAAUCAUACCCAAAGAGAAGUUCUGGAAGCUGUCCAGCCCUCCCCGGGCAUAUUGGAACAGAGAGCAGGAGAAGCUGAACAAGUGGUACAACCCCAUCCUCAACAGACUGGCCAACCAGACGGGGGACUGGUCCACGUCUCCAAACACGAGUCACCUGGGCUUCUGUGAGCCUGACCCAAGGGUCAUGACAGCCGUGACAGAUUUUAAUAGUCUGCCGGACAGAUUUAAAGACUUCCUCCUGUAUCUGAGAUGCCGGAAUUACUCACUACUGAUAGACCAACCCAAGAAGUGCGCCAAGAAACCCUUCCUGCUGCUGGCCAUUAAAUCCCUCAUUCCGCAUUUUGCCAGAAGACAAGCCAUCCGGGAAUCUUGGGGCAGAGAAACCAACGUGGGGAACCAGACGGUAGUGAGAGUCUUCUUGUUGGGCAAGACUCCCCCAGAGGACAACCACCCUGACCUCUCAGACAUGCUGAAAUUUGAGAGUGAGAAGCACCAGGACAUCCUCAUGUGGAACUACAGAGACACGUUCUUCAACCUGUCUCUGAAGGAGGUGCUGUUUCUCAGGUGGGUGAGCACCUCUUGUCCAGACGUGGAGUUUGUUUUCAAGGGCGACGACGAUGUGUUUGUCAACACUCAUCACAUCCUGAAUUACUUGAAUAGCUUAUCCAAGAACAAAGCCAAAGAUUUGUUUAUAGGUGACGUGAUCCACAAUGCUGGGCCUCAUCGGGAUAAGAAACUGAAGUACUACAUCCCAGAAGUCUUCUACAUGGGGGUCUACCCACCGUAUGCGGGGGGAGGUGGAUUUCUGUACUCUGGCCCCCUGGCCCUGAGACUGUACAAUAUAACUGACCGGGUCCACCUCUACCCCAUAGAUGAUGUUUAUACUGGAAUGUGCCUUCAGAAACUGGGCCUUGUUCCCGAGAAACACAAAGGCUUCAGGACAUUUGAUAUCGAAGAGAAAAAUAAAAAGAAUAUUUGUUCAUAUAUAGAUCUAAUGUUAGUACAUAGCAGAAAACCUCAAGAGAUGAUUGAUAUUUGGUCUCAGUUGCAAAGUCCUACUUUAAAAUGCUAAAGUACAGCUGAGCUGCGUUUCACAGGAAGGCCUAGCCUGACUGGUUCCCAUGUUGUACUUUCACAGUAGGGUGACUUCUGUAUGAAACCAUCAGCCUUGAUGAUGAGUAGCGUCCUGGCUUCCAGGCCCUUCAAUUCCACACCUUUGUGGCCAGGGAAAAGCUGAACUGUGUCGCAGGAUGAUUGGGAUUUGUUCUGACGCUUCCUCUGGCUGUUGGUCCUCAGUUUCUAAUUUUUCCUUCUUCAAAAUCAUGUUUAGAAUUUGGCCACGAUUUAGAAUUUGGUCUCUUUUGAUCCUUGUAAUGGUCUGCUCCUGUUCCCAUCGUAAUGGUGACUCGACACCAAGGGUUUAUAAGCUGAUUGGCUAAUCAAGAUUGCACAGGGCAUGAUCAGGUGUUUUUUUUGUGAAAUGGAAUUCUGUUUACUUUCAUUAAGAUUUUGAUGGACUUUUAAAAUGGUCCAGGAAGUGGACUGAUGUCAGAGUUCCCUGCCACCCCAGCAGUAUUCUCGUUGUUACUAGAACCUGUCACUUUCUUUAAAGAGGAAAGCCACCGAGCAGCACGCACCGUUCAUCUCGUCUGACCACGGGCCGUGAGAAGGGCAGAGGGUUUUCUUUUACUUGUGUUCGGUUUGCUGGGUGGCAUCAUGAUAGUUCAUCUGAUUUUAGUAUUUUGAAGGUCUUGAGUGUGGUUCCCUCGUGGCCAACUGAAGCCUGAGUAGCCCGACAGCCAUAUGGGUUUGCGAAUGUUCAGUGUGGGCCAGGGAGGCGUUUGUGAUUUGCGAACUUGAAAUGGAAAGAUAGAAUUUGAAGGCAUUUUCUUAAGUGGUUUUUCAGCUUAAGACUCCAGGACUCUCCUCUUGCCAUAUUACCACAUAUUUCUUAGAUGGAGCUCUUUCGGGUAGUGCCGCUUCCCUGAGUGUAGAAGUGCCUGUGUCUUUAUUUAUUGUUCAGAUCAAAGACCAAAACAUUUUCUUAAAAAUAUUUUGUGUAAUAUUUUAUUUGUAUACAGUAUUGUUUGUGAAAUAUUUAACUAGAGCAUGAUAUUUUAUUUUUUUUCCUCAUUUUUUAAUUAGUUCUUUGAGAAUUUCAUACAAUGUGUUUUGGUCAUGUUCACCUCCCCCAACUCCUUCCAGAUCCAGACCCCGGCAUGAUGUUUUUAAUGUUAAGCUGUAACAUACGUUGAAUAAAGUUAACUCUUAUUUUUGAAUUUUAAAAUUUGGAUGGGGGGGUUAUGAACUGCUAGAGAUGAUAAAGUUCUGCCAAAUUACUGCUUAUACCUUGUACCUUGUAACAUGCUUUCUUGAAAUAUUUUGUGUUUUAGAGGGUUCUCAUCUGUGCUACUGGGGACUGGGGACAAAGUGGAAAUAAAGUGAGUGUAUUUUUUAA